AUGGCAAGAAGGAUAUUUGAGCUUGCGGAACUUGUGGAGAGGCGCCGCGCUUUACGACGAGAGCGAGUUUUUAAAGAUCGUCGGAAUCCUCUGGACAUCUUUAGUGACGGGGAAUUGCUUCAGAGAUACAGAUUCUCUCGAAAUGGGAUCAUGUUCAUCACUGACUUAGUCACCCCACAUAUUGAGCAUCCAACAAGACGAAGCAGUGCCCUACUUCCAUAUCAACAAGUCCUCAUUGCCCUGCAGUAUUACGGGACAGGGACAUUCCAUAAGGUUGUCGGAGAUCCGUUGCAAGUGUCACCGGCAACUGCUAACCGAGCAAUCCAUCGUGUUUCCAAUGCCUUGGCUGGAAGGAUAAAUGAUUUCAUCAAAUUUCCGGAGGGGAAUGAAUUAGGACCCAUUAAGGAUGGUUUCUACCAAAUGCGACACUUUCCUGGUGUGAUAGGGUGUGUCGAUGGGACUCAUGUCUGGAUUAUCUCACCACAUCAAAACGAAGUUGACUAUGUGAACAGAAAGGGUUAUCAUUCGAUUAACGUGCAAGUAAUGAGUGACCAUAGGGGCAAGUGGAUAAAUCUAGUUGCUAGAUGGCCUGGCUCGGCGCAUGACAGCCGAAUUCUCAGAUCAAGCCAGGUUUGGGACACAAUGGAGGCUGGUUUGGUUCAAGCAUUCAUCCUUGGUGAUAGUGGUUAUCCAUGUCGCAACUGGUUGAUGACACCACUCUUGAAUCCAACCACAGCAUCAGAGCGUCGAUACAAUGCUGCCCAUAAGUCUACACGGGUGUUGGUGGAACAAACCAUUGGGAGAUGGAAGCGUCGCUUUUAUCUUCUCCAUCUCGAGAGUAGAUUGAAAGACCCAGAGAGUACCUGUAAGGUUAUUGCUGCCACGGCUGUGCUGCAUAACAUUGCAGUGGACCGAAAUGAGCCGGAUGUUGAGUACCCUGGACCAGUACGAGAGGAGGUGCGAGCUGAAGACUACCACGGAAAUUUUGACAUUGCUAAUGGACAUAGAGCAAGAACGUUGUUGAUUCAGAAUAGGUUUUAA